GGUAAUGUAUUUAUUAGCACGUCUUUCCGGGCGUGGCAUGCUCCUCUCUGCCGGAGGGGAGGAGGCAACAGCCGUAGUGUGCUCCGGGGCUGCUGGAUGCUCCAUGAUGGAUGAGGGAUGACAGAUCGGGGUUAGCCGCCAGGGGAGUCCAUUUUCCUGCAGCGCACGGUCCUAUACCAGGACAGAAAACGAAGGAAGGAAGAUAAGGAGAGCGCAUCAACCGCUCCCCCCUCUCUCUUUCCCUCUCCCUCCUCUCCAAGUGCAUCACAGUCUAGCGGGCUUUACACACCGACUGCACCGCAUUGACGCUGCUGCUGCCGACCCAACCCAGUGAACCAACACUCAGACAGAAGCACAACUGGAAAAUAAAUGUUGCAGAGCGUGGGCUUGGAAAUGCAUCAUUCUGCGUUAUUUGUUGACUCCCUUCCGGAUCCGACAAUAUCAACUCUUUGAAAGCUGACGGGGACACGGCGCUGUUGGGAUAUUUUUUGCAGCGGGGUUUGCAGAUGCAGCUCAUCAUGAGGAUGGACUAAAGCUGCGCUCGGUGAUAUAACUCCUGGAUCAUGCAGGUUCUGCAGCCUUGGACGUUAGUUAUAACACUCGCCCAUGCACAUGUGUUGUUAUCCCUGAAAAACAGUAAUGCAGAAGUUGGGAGCCAAGACGACAGUAACAGCGGCGGCUACUCUGGCAGGACUUUCCACGGUCCGCCCCGGGAGAGCCGCCAAAACAAAGCCCGAGACCGCGCGCUCUUCCCGGGAUACGCUACAGGUGCGACCCUUAACUCCACUCGACCGUGGAAGAGGGCGGCAGUGGGGGAAACGAGGCGAGCCGGACACGCUAAACGCGACUUCAAUAGGAGCGUGACACCCGUGGAGGAUCCUGGCGGGUUGUCCCACUGGGACGCGACGCGCCACCAUAAUAAGAGGAUAAAGUUGAAUGGUGCAGGGACGCCGGCAGGUGGACACUACAAUGCGGCUAAGCUUCCUUCAAUGGCUCGGGAAGACGGAGGAGGGGUGUCGGAGGAGGGGGACAAGCACCAGAGAGGCUCAAAGGCAGGAAAGAGGUGGAGAAACAAGCAGAACAGAAGCGCUGUAGUUAUGCCUCCGUGGGAACCCGUCCCCAAACCGGUGGCUCUCACCUCCACCGACCUCCCGUUUGACCUCUUCACCAGGAGGCCAGAGUUUUUCACCUUCAGGGAGGAGAACCCGUGGGAUGCCACUCCGAUCACCCCUCCUGGUUCGCCGGAUUUUGGAGACGAGAUCAAGAACCCGUUCUACCCAGUGACGACCGAAACUUUUGGCGCUUACGCGAUCACAUGUGUAUCCGGCGUAAUUUUCCUGGUGGGCAUAGCGGGCAACAUCGCCAUCCUGUGCAUCGUGUGCCAGAACUACUACAUGAAAAGCAUCUCCAACUCUCUGUUGGCCAACCUGGCCGUGUGGGAUUUUGUGCUCAUCUUCUUCUGCCUCCCCAUGGUGGUUUUCCAUGAGCUCACGAAGUCAUGGCUGUUGGGGGAGUUUACCUGCAGAGUGGUGCCAUACGUGGAGGUUGCCUCCUUGGGUGUGACUACCUUCACCCUUUGCGCACUCUGCAUUGACCGCUUCCGUGCAGCCACAAAUGUUCAGAUGUACUACGAGAUGAUUGAGAACUGCACAUCUACAACAGCCAAGCUGGCAGUCAUCUGGAUCGGUGCCCUCCUCUUGGCCCUCCCAGAGCUCCUCAUUCGACAGCUUGUAGCAGAGGAUACAGGGCUCCCGGACGAACCCCCAGUUGAACGCUGUAUUAUAAGGAUAUCCACAUCCCUUCCUGAUAUGCUCUAUGUGCUUGGCUUGACCUAUGAGGGUGCUCGGCUUUGGUGGUGCUUUGGCUGCUACUUCUGCCUCCCGACUCUCUUCACCAUUGGGUGCUCGCUGGUGACGGCACGUAAGAUUCGGCACGCCGAGCAGGCCAGCGUUCGCAGCAAUAAGAAGCAGAUCAGGCUGGAGAGCCAGAUGAACUGCACGGUCGUGGCUCUGGCAAUCGUGUAUGGUGCAUGCGUGGUGCCCGAAAACAUAUGCAACAUAGUAUCUGCGUACAUGGCGGCUGGUGUUCCAGAGCACACCAUGUCCGUCCUGCAUCUUCUCUCUCAGCUGUUGCUGUUCUGUCGGGCCGCCGUGACACCGGCGCUGCUGCUUCUGCUGUGUCGUCCGUUAGGGAGGGCAUUCCUGGACUGCUGCUGUUGUUGCUGCUGUAACCACGUACCCUCUUCAGCCACAGCCAGUGAUGAUAACGAGCACGAGUGCACUACUGAACUGGAGCUGUCGCCGUUCAGUACUAUCCGCAGGGAACUGAGUAACUACACACCUGCUGGCUCCAACUGCUGAGCUGACAGCCCCGUUCAGGGAGGGCAAUUUCACUGGCCUGUUCGUGGCUUGUGUUUCUUGUGCUUGGCUAGGAGAGAUUUUGCCUUAUCUAGUCUCCACGCAUUUUGUAAAUGAGCGCACAAAUGAGGUUGGACACCAAAAAUGGAAAUCACCUUUAGCCAACGGCCCACAAGUCUCAACAUUUUAAAACUCUAACCUUUAUUUUCCAAGAACGGCUAACAAAAACAAAAUAUUUUUCACACUCACAGCCUUGGGUGCUAUUCAAACAAGGACAACACAUAUUUUUAGCAAUCCUGCCUGAAACCUUUAAGACUCACAAACCUCCACUCUGUAGGGCACUUGUGCCCUAAUGAAAGGAGAAGUUGGCAUGGCCACCUUCCCCUUCUGGCCCAGUUUUUCUGAAAUUAUCCUAGAAGCAUAUUUCCAGCACCCACCAAAUUGAUUGAUACCCCUAGAAAAGAUGCAACAAUUCUCAAAACAACUCAACAGUUGAGUUCUGUAACGGAGACGUUGAGAUUUUUGUAACUUACUUUUCUUUAAUCACGUUUUCUUGAAUUUCCCAUCUUGAAAAGUGGCUGAGAGAAAUUAGCAUCUGUGCCAUUCACGCUUGAUCAAGCUCCUCAGACUGGAAAAUACCAAAAAAAAAAUGUUUAAAUCACAUUUAGUACCGGUUAAUCAUAACCAGGCUUUAGGUCGCACUUCAACAUCCAAACAGAUGAAUCAGGAGCAAGAAACUAAACAGAGUUGGUAAAUUGUUGAAAAUGCAUUAAACCGACAUCGACAUUAAAACCAAUAACUUUAAAAGGUCAAAUAUGUGCACAAAUCUCGCUUUCACAUCAAAACAUCAUAAGAAAGAGGAUCCCAGAUUUCGUAACCCAGAUGAUAGCAUUUACUGAUGCUGACUGCAACCCUUUAAUACAACAAGACGACAUCUGAAAAUAAAUCCUACUGGAGAUGUUUUCUGUAAAGACCAGUGGAAUCGGCCUGGGGAGUUUGUUUGUGCAGUGACGUCAAGCAUAUGUGGGGAUGUUGAAGCAGGCAUCCCUCUUGUCUAAGGGGCCUUGUCUGUGUGAUAAUGACUGGGUCUUUCAACUGGACAGUGCUGCAGUUGACAACACCCUUCUCACAAAAGACUUCUACCAGGAUAACAACAUUGCUCUUCUGGAGCAUCCUGCAUAUUGAACUAAUUUAAGUUCCUUUGAAAGCAUUUAGGGAAGGGAGCUAAUGCACAGCCUUUUGAGUUUCAAAACAAUUUUCAAUCAUAUGCCUUUUUUUAUUUUUUUCUCUUGCUCUUGUUUCUUGUUUUGCAUUUAAAGUUCAAUUUAUAGCCUGAUUGUGAUCAGGGAUAAUGAAAUGUGAAGAGCCAUAACUUUUUUCUCAGUCUUGAAAUUUUGAUCAGGAAUGUCUUUAAAGCAGCAGCAUGUAACUUUUAUAAAAUCUGUUCUUAGAAUAUUGUUAAAAAUGAAUUGCUAUGUUGUGAUAGUAUAAUGAGACUAAUAAUCUGGUGGAAAAAACCCUGUGGUCCUGCUGUUUUCUGAACAAACAUCACUCAUAUGCAUCAAAAUAAAUCAAACAACCAAUCAGAGCUAGGAGGAGGGUCUUAGCGCUGUUAAUUGCCCUUGUUAAUGCUGCUCACAACCUCCCCAUUUUCUCUCCUAAGAUGCAGCUGAUUCAAGACAACAGAGCCUGAAGCAUGCUUAGGAUACCUAGCAUGAUCACCGAUGUCGGUUGAUAAACAUUUUUUCUGAAAAGGAAAGUUGAUUCUCUACUAUUAGCACAUUAACGAGCGCAUACACAAGGAUGAUUGCUCUCCUCUUGGCUCUGGUUGAUUGUUCAUGACUAGGACGUGCAAUUCUUCAGACAGUAGUAGUAGUCCAGGCUGCAAUUCAAGGAGCACGAUCUUUUCACAGAUCAUCUCUCUCAGAUUAUACCAUCACAACAUGGUGACAGUUUUAACAGAAAUGUAAGCAACAUAUUUUUGUAAAUGUUAUAUACUUUAGCUUUAAAGGAAGUUGAGGAUUACCAUUUAAAAAUUCAGCGAUACUCUAACUACUCUGUCUAGAAAAGAGUUAAGUUGUUUUUCUGUUACAUUUACAGGAAUUGCUAGGGUGCUGUGGGUUUAACCUCCUGCUGUUAUCACAAGUCAUAAUUUAAGGUCAACAUUAAAUUCUGUGUGAAAUUAUGAUGCAGGGGUUUUUACUUUUUUUAUCAGUGGUGCCAAUAAAUGUAAAUAAUAAGGCAGUUUGUUAAAAGAAAAUGUAAACACAAAUGUCCUUUGCCUUUACGAAUAAUGUUUAUAUACAAAGAAUCCCUGUCACCAUCAACCUAGAAGAGAAUGAUUCCUAAUCACCUAAAAAUUGUGCCACUGUUUAUUAACAAGACAAAGAUUAAUUGUGUGUAUUUUGUACAAACUCUCAGAUACAUCGUCCUUCUAAAAGGCCUACACUGCCUACUCAAAUACGCAACUGUGUUUACAGACUGAAUCAGUACAAAUGUACAGUUCCUAUGAUACAGCAGUGCACAUAAGGGAGUGAGGCUUACAAUUAUUUUUAAAAAAUGGUUCUGGUGGUUUGCAGAAAAAAAAAACAGACUGGUGUCUGUCCUGGAGAAUUCGGAUGUACACAACGACUUUUAGGACUGUUUUACAAAAACGUCUGGUCGAUCCAGAAGAACUGGAGCUGGUCUCAGAGUACUGCAAAAAUGGACACAAGCGGAACUUAAAAGGGACUUAAAUGAUUUUAAACAGACAUUUAAUUUGACUUGAAUUAAGCCAAAUGGUAUGGGUCUAAAAUGCUUCAAACUGAAUUGAAUAAAGUGAACAUCAACAGAAUGGUUAGUUAUAGCAUAUAGCUGAAAGUGACCGACUUGGGAAUUUGCUGUAUACUCUUGUAUUGUGUCAUGCCUUACACUUUGGGGGUUGUAUAUAUACUGUACAAUUUCUUUGGUGCUCUUACGAUAAACGCCCUGUGAACAGCAGAUCAAUAUGUUUGACUUGGAACCUCAAGUAACCGAGCUGCGUGUGUCGUUUCGGAUCAAAAACACAGGUUAAUUAUUUGUCAUGAAUUCCCUUAAACCUUGAAAAAAAUAGUUUCCCCACAAUGUUCAAAAGAGCUGACCUUAAUUUGGAGUCACACUAUUCUACAGUACAGUUAGUAGCGUUUACUAGGUCUCUUUCUGAGACUGAGACAUUGCAUACUCAAGUAAUUUUUAUAACAAAAUAGAAAUUUAAGUGUUGGUUUUAGGAUUGUUAGGGCAGUAAAUAUAAUUUAUAAAACAGAUAAUCUAGGGUUUAUACAAUACAUUGUACAUAUGAGAAAAAUAGGAAAGGAUUGUAAAUAUACAAUAAAUAAUACCUGUAAUAUCAAUGUAAAUACAAAAUGUUUUUUCUACCAUAAUUCCAUUUUAUAUUUCUGUACUGUAAGCAUUGUGCUACGUACAUAGAAGUACGAUUAACAUUCUAGAAAUUGUUUGACUUUUUUUUUUUUUUUUUUUUAAGUAAUGAUUCAGGCACUUGUACUUUUUAUGCACCACUAACUCCAAAUAGCUUGAUUAGCCAUGUACAUGCAGAUUUCUGUUUUAGAUUGGUUGAUUAUUUCUUGCUUGUAACAAUACUUAAUGACAGAGGAAGGUUUGUUCAUUUCACUUUAAAUGGUGCCACAUUUAUAAGUAAAACAUUUAAACAUUUAUGAAAAACAGGCCAAAACAUUGCAUUCUGUUAUUUGUUAUUACUAGAAAUAACACAUAUAAAAGCGGUUUAAUAAUUUCUUCAUGUAACAAAUAGGGACCUCAGUAGUGAAUGGAGUAAAUCUACACAACCACAACAAUUUGACACAUCCUUGGUCAGACACUGGUGUGGGAUAACAUCCCAAUUUUCAGCCAGCAUUUGUCACAAAUCAGCCAGAUUGGUGGAUAUCGUUACUCUGGAACAAACAAAACACCCAGGCUGAUGUUCCAUGUGUGUUGGAGGUAGUCUGAUAAAUCCUGCUGGUUAAGGGCGACCACUGACACCUUGGAAGACAGAGUUCAAUCCUGAGUGGAGAUGAGGGAUUGUGACGGGUUGUUGGAUCUCAUCGCAUUGAGACAAGCACUGUUUUGGCAGACGGUGCCCACACGGCCUCCACCAACAACUAGAUGAUAAUGUGCACAGCUCACAAGUGUCACUACAUUUAAGGGGAAAUUAAUAAGAUAAGAUUUCUUGUCAAGAAGCAUUGCACCAAGCACAAAUAACCUUGUUUUUGUUGGAAGUACCUUUUCAAAAACACACAUUUUACAUAGCCAGAAAACUUGCUGACCUCAAAUACUCCUUGCAGUUUCAUUACUUGAGCUUUUAAGGUGAACUAAUGAAGCUUUUCACAGGGCAUUUACAUGUGUCUUGUACUGUAAGUCUUUUUCCUGAGUCGACGAAUCAUCCCUGGGUCAACAUAAGGGUAAAAUUACAAUGUUACUUAUUAGAACCCAAGCAGAUAUUUUAAAAGAACCGCUAUAUAAACAUUUGGCACAGGCAGCAUUUUAGAACAUGCUCUGUACGUGAACUUUGUGGUGACCCAGGUUUGAUGUUCAUCAGUAUACUGUAUAUUGCGGAGACCUUUUUGCAUACAAUUCUGCACUGCCAAACACCUUUUUUCUGUCUCUUGUGGUUGUAGUACUAUUUCUCUGGGAGUCUCUCUCAGAUCAGAAGCCACUUUACUUUUACCUCCAUCAUUAGAAGACAAUUAAUCGUCCUAGUAAAAAAAAUAUUAAGCCUACUGCUGUUCUUUGGCUCAGACAAACUUCACACAACCAGCUUGUAUCCUCUCUAGGUAGAUGUAGCCUCUGUUUGGUGCUGGCUGCACUACAUUAAGCAGCUCUGCAACACUAUGCCCUAUAAUCUGUGUGGCAACUAUCACAAUCACUAAACGUGCCACUACUGAGGAAUAGUAUAUAAAUUCAAAUAGUGGUGCAGUUUUCUCACUUAAUACAUUGGAGCUUUUAUGGAAACUCCAUACUGAAAGACUUUAGGCUGGGAUUCGAACCCAGGACCUUCUUGCUGCAAAGCAACAGUUCAAACAACUGCCCAACAGUGCAGCCCAUAGUGUUAGUUUUCUCACAUUAAUAGAUUUAAAACUCUUUUGUAAUUUAAUAAGUGUUUACUGAUGGGACUGACUUGUAAUCUGGCUUCUGAAAAUGAUUAUUAUUAUUUUGCAUAUUCCUGAAAGUAUAGCUCAUAAAUGGCUCAGUGUGUAGUAAUGUGGUUGAAAUUAUUGAUGAAGUGAAUCUUGUUAAUCAGUCAGUGAGAUGUUUCCUCUGAACUUUGUGAGUCCUUUCUCCACUCUGAGCUAAAUGUGUCUGUAUUUGAUACCUGAAAAUGUAAGCACACAACCACUGUAGUCCCCAAGUCUAGUCACUUGUUUCUAAAUAGCUUUUAUAUAGCCAAAAAAUCGUCCCUUUGUUUAUCAAAGAACUUUAUCUUGAAAACUGUAUAUUAAAAUCCUAAAUGUAC